UUUUUCUCUCCAAAACCCUGCCCUCAAAUUUGGUACGACUAUCGCAUGAACAAAAAAACCCUAAUUUCAAUUUAAUCAAUCAAUAUUCAAUACAACAACGGCAUCCUAGAAUGAUUCAGAACUCGUCGGUGAAGAAGCAUGGUUCGGAUCAGUCCGACGUAGCCGGAUCCACCCCAAGGUCUCAGCGCACAAAAAUCGUUAAAUCUUCUGACGAUAAUGAAAGAAAGAGCUUGGCAAAGAAGGUUAAAGACCUUGAAAUUAGUGUUCCAAUUGUUUACGGAAACAUUGCAUUUUGGCUUGGUAAGAAGGCAAGCGAGUAUCAGUCGCAUAGAUGGACUAUUUAUGUUCGUGGAGCAACAAAUGAGGAUCUGGGUGUAGUCAUAAAGCGUGCAGUUUUCCAAUUACACUCAAGUUUUAACAAUCCUACAAGGGUGGUGGAAGUUCCACCUUUUGAGGUGUCGGAGUGUGGAUGGGGUGAAUUUGAAAUUGCUAUUACCCUUCAUUUCCACAGUGAUGUUUGUGAUAAGCCAUUGCACUUGUAUCACCAUCUGAAGUUAUAUCCCGAGGAUGAAUCUGGUGCUUUAUCCAUUAAGAAACCCGUAGUUGUUGAAUCAUAUGAUGAAAUUGUUCUUUUUGAACCUUCAGAGACUUUUCUCGCACGUGUGCAGAAUCAUCCAGCAGUUAGUGUGCCCAGAUUACCUUCUGGUUUUACUUUACCUCCUGCUGCACCGUUGGAGGAUAUUGACAAAAGGAAGAGAGGUGAUACCAAGGAUCAUCCUCAAAGCCAAUGGUUCACCAAUUUCUCUGAGGCAGAUGAGCUGCUAAAGCUUACAGCAGCACGCCAGCAGGUACAAGGUCAUAUUGCCAGGCUAAGAAGGCAGAUGAGCUUGAUUGAUGGGCAGAAUCAGCAAUUGAAAUCUGUGACCGAGUUUUGAAAGUAUAUCAUAUUCAAAACAGUCAUUCAAUUUUAAGUUGUUAAGAGCUCUGCUGAGAUUUUUUUAGCUGAAAAUUGUUGUAUUAUUAGUUAUUCCAAAUACAAUGUUUUUUAGUCUUUCUCUUGUUUUUUUUUUUUGUUUUUUUUUUUUUUGGGUUGUAUUUUCCUCAGGAAAAAGAAAUACACUUUUACCAAGCAAGAAAUGUAAAUGAGUUCUUAGUUGAUUCAAGCUAACUUUGUCAUCUGUAA